AUGAAGUGGAUUUUAAAUUAAUAGAUAUUUACAACUGUCCAGAGUAUACAUGUAAGCACAGAACAUUUUAUUAAAUGUAGAGAUCCAGGUAAAUAUCAGACAAUAAAAUAGAUUCCAUUUCUAAGGAUUGUGGUAACACAUUUGAAUUAUAAUUGCCUCUCCAAGUCUAUUUUCACGGAAAAAGGUAUGGUGAGUAUAGUGUUAUUUUGAAACCCUAAAGAUACAGCUGUUUAAUUUUUCCAUUUCCAUAACAGUGUCCCAAGCGUCCCCAGUUACAGCUCUGGGGAUGAGUUCCUUUCGGUUUUUUUUUUCUCUACAGUCAGCUGGGGAUCCUGUUUUGAUCCUGCAGUCACCUGGAACAAGCACAUUGAAGAUAAGAAUACUGUGAUCAUAUUAUAUGAAGACCUGGAAGGGAACCUGACUGCCACUGUAAAGCAGGUAGCUGCAUCCUUUGGAUUCUCACCAACAGCUGAGCAGAUCCAGACCAUUGCAGGAAGGCACACUUUCCAGCCAGAGAGUGUUAAAGAUCAGUCAAGGGUAAUAAUUCCUCUUCUUUAUAUUCAAGGUGUUCUUGGAGACUGGAAGAAUGUUUUUGCUGAAGCUCAGAACCAGAAAUUGGCUACCAAAUUAGUGUGCUUAUAAGUAGCUAAGCUGGGAGUGAAGUUUAGAUAUGAUGUGUAUUGCAAGGCCUGA